AUGGCUCAAGCUAUGGAUCUAGUGUGUAAAGAGAUUAUUUACGACGAAGUGGACAAUCAGUUUGCCGAACCGGACCCGACGAUGGUCGGCGACGCUCGGGUCAUUCAGAACUUGAUCAGUCUGGAGCGGCUGACGAUCCCGCCCUGCAACUACUUCGGCUCAGUGCAGCGGGACAUCAAGCCGCACAUGCGCAAGAUCGUCACCACUUGGAUGCUGGAGGUAUGCGACGAACAAAAGUGCGAAGAACAAACCUUUCCAUUGGCGGUGAAUUUCUUCGAUCGCUUUCUCUGUGCCUGCCCGAUCGAUCGCUAUCACCUGCAACUGCUGGGAUGCUGUGCGCUGCUGUUGGCCUCCAAAAUUCGCCAGUGCCAUCCGCUGUCCGUGGAUGUGCUGAGCGCCUACACCGAUCAUGCCGUCUCACCCGAUCAGAUUAGGAGUUGGGAACUGCUGCUGAUCAGCAAGCUCGAAUGGAACAUCACCGCUGUAACCGCCUUCGACUACGUCGAUCAGCUCCUGGAACGCGCCAAAUGGGGCUCGGACGAUUCCCGGCUACGAGAACACGCGCACACCCUCAUUCACGUCUGCAGUACCGAAAUCAUCUUCAUGCAACUGGAACCCUCGCUGCUGGCAGCGGCAUGCAUUGCUUCCGCGACCCGAGGCCUGAAUGUGUCCACCAAAAUGGCCGUCGGUUACGAUCUGUGCCGGCUGACCCUGCACGAUCUGGCGAAGAUCGACUUCAUCGUCAAGAUCAUCGAGGAGAUCGUUGCCAAGGAGAUUGCCGACAAGCAGCUGCAGCAGCAGCAACAGCUGGCAGCCACGGCCGGAAGCUGCAAGGAUCAGUACCAGCAGGCACCGCAAAAGUGCAGCUCCACCGGAGCCACCAGCGGUGGCCAGCAGCCUCCGGCACAGCAGCAGCCCGAAACGCCGACCGACGUACAGUUCAUAUACUUCUGA